AUGAAGGUUCAACAGACCGAUGCUACGGACAGGCAUACUGAUCCAAAUUACAUCCCCAAACUAUCAGAGGUCAUCGACCUCACCCAGGGAAAUAAUACAGAAAACUUUAUGAAUAUGGUAGAAAAUGGCUCAUCUUUUGAAAAGUGCAAGCUUUGGGCUACUGUUAUCAGAUAUUUACCUACUUCAUACUACUUUUCAGACAGAUUUAUAAAAAACGCCACAGCAAAGCCAAGAGGAAGCAUCUCAAACCGUAUCAAUGCUCACAUCAAAAAAAGAGUUAGGUUCCCAGAUGCCGUGAAAAUCAACGAGAAAGAUAUCGUGGAAAACUUUAUGAAAGCCAUCAACUCGCCGGAAGGAACGACUGAUGAGUUGAGUAAAUUUAACCAGAAGUUAUACGAAAAAUUGCAACAUACUUGUGAGGACUAUGAAAAAACAAAUGCUGACUUGAAUAUGGAAGAACUUGAGUAUCAAGAAAGAGCUAAAAUGCACGUUAUUGAACCGUGUAAAAGGGUAUUAUGUUCUCUCACGAAAACAAAAAUGAAUAUUAAUACGUCCAUAGGAAUUCAAGCAAGAAUAGGGGGCAAAGACGCUAGAUUGAAUCUUUAUCCUGAUCUUAGCAUUGCACUUUUUGACGGUAGAAAAAUUUGGUUAGGUGAAAUUAAAAGACCGAGCCUUCAGAAGGUGACAGCUUAUUUGGAUUUCCUUUCCUCAGAAUCCCUGGUCAUCAAGAAAAAGAAACAAGAUCUUGAUGAUCAGGAGCACGAUUCUGUAGCGGUUUCGAUAAUAGAUCAAACCGCAAGUUAUCUAAUGAUAACAAAAACUCCCAUUGGAAUUUUGAGUGACAGUUUUACUUACAUUUUCAUUCGAAUUUUGGACUUGAAAAUCGUUAAUGAUGAGAUCCACUUAAGAUUGGAGUAUACAUGUACCAAGUCAUCCAGUACCCUUAAUACAGAAGGUCCUAUGUCACCCCUCUCAACACUUUUGGCUUUGUCAUACGAAGAAGUCGAAAAGUCCAAAUUGGAAAUAGCAUUACAGAAAGCUCGUUUAUAUGGCGAUGCCUCGGAAUUACUAAAAAAAGACUAUCUCGAUUCCAUCUUUUGUGAGGCGGCAAUAGAUGAUUUCCACUCAUACACAACCAGUUACUUUGAAGUAAUGGCGAAAAGUGGGAUACAGAGAAGAUUUAAUGAAAAAUUUGCCGCUGCGAAUCAAUCCUUGGGAUAUCACACUGUUUAUAUUGAUCGCGGAGAUCUUGUGGGUGAAGGUAUUUCCAGAAGCAUACAAACUGAUUUUUUUCAAAACUCGCAAGUUUUCAGGGUCAAGAUUAAAGAGCUUAAGGACGCAGGGGUUUCGAUUAAGGAUAAUAAUGAAAAGCAUUUAAUUUUGAAGAUCUUCGACGCCCAAAAGUAUAUGAUCAAUAUGGAAUCGCGCAUGAAGCAUACAGAAGUCAUAAGAGAAAUGGUGUCUCAUUUCAGCAACGAGUACAUGAGUUAUAAAUUGAUUGAUCUCUUCAACGGAACAAAUAAACAUAAGAAAAUAAGUAAAUUGAACGCUUAUGGGUUUGCAUUCUUCAGAGUCUACUUCAAGCCAAAUGAUAAAUUAAAGGAUCCACACAGCUUGGAAAAUUACUUUGCAGUUGGACCGGGCUUUCUUGCCGAAGAACUAACAGAAAAGCCUGAAACUGUUCAGGAUUUUGUGGAAGGUGCUAAACAAUUGCUGCAUAUGCACGAGGGUGGUGUGUAUCAUCACGAUAUCAAACUAUCAAACGUUUUCAUGAGAAACACAGAGCACAAGAAAGAAUUUGUCUUCAUUGAUUAUGGCCUAAGCGAAAUCGAGUGUACCCCAGAAGAAAAGGGAAGACCAAAAAGUUCGGGGGGUAUAGAUUGGAGUGACUUCGAGACUCUUGUGGAAUCGAUGGGGAUCGAGAAAACAGAAUGGGAAAGAGCAUUGUCUGACAUGGGGGUCUGA